CAAAACUGUUUUUCAUAGUGGUUUUGAGGAUUCCACGUUCGUUCCGACCAGAAGAGAUGAUGAAGCAGAGACAGCCAUGGUUGAACGAUUCCGGUUCGAAUCGGCAGUUGAAUUAAGCUUUACUGAUGGAGCUUCCAUUGAUUUUUCGAUCUGGGAAUCCAUCUCUGCUUUCACUUUCCUCUGUUGGAGUUUGUAGUUCUGGUUCCAAGUUUUCUGAUUUUCAGGUGAGGAAGACGAACAGGAAGAGGAGCUUAGAUGGAGGAGUUAGCGUUUCGGGUACUUCGAUUAGAUCUUCGGUGGAACAGGGAGGGAAAGAGAUUGAAGGAGGAAGGGAAGGUGAGAGUGGAAGAAGGUAUGCAGGUCCGGCUAUGGAGGUCACUACAUUCAAUCAGAGCUUUAAUGAUGGUAGUGACUUCCCUGUUUGGGAGAAAUUGGGUGCUAUUGUGAGGCUUAGCUAUGGAAUUGGCAUAUAUGUUGCAAUGGCUCUAGCUGGAAGAUUUAUCUGCUCAAUCUCUGGAAUCGAUUCCUUGGGGGGAUUCCAUCUAUCAUCAGAUGCUGUCCUAGAAGGGCUUGGAUAUGCAGCUCCUCCAAUUCUGGCCCUUCUCUUUAUACUAGAUGAUGAAGUCGUAAAGGUAUCACCUCAUGCUCGUGCCAUCAGAGAUGUGGAGGAUGAGGAGCUAAGGAGCUUCUUCUAUGGAAUGUCUCCGUGGCAGUUUAUACUCAUUGUUACUGCAAGUUCAGUGGGAGAGGAGCUUUUCUACCGUGCUGCGGUUCAGGGAGCAUUGGCUGAUAUAUUUUUAAGAGGUACUGAAUUGAUGAGGGAUGCUCGAGGAAUGGCAGCUCUGGCUGGUGUGCUUCCUCCAUUUGUGCCAUUUGCUCAAGCAUUUUCAGCUGUGAUUACAGCUGCUCUCACUGGAUCACUCUAUUAUGUUGCUGCCUCCCCGAAAGAUCCUACUUAUGUGGUUGCACCAGUCUUACAAUCUCGAUCCGGUCGUGAAGAUCUCAAAAAGCUCUUUGCAGCCUGGUAUGAGAGAAGGCAAUUGAAAAAAAUCUACUCUCCCCUCUUGGAAGGACUUCUGGCCCUUUACCUAGGGUUUGAAUGGAUCCAGACAAAUAACAUUCUAUCUCCCAUGAUAACACAUGGCAUAUAUUCGGCGGUUAUACUAGGACAUGGCCUUUGGAAGAUUCAUGAUCACCGGCGUCGAUUGCGGCAGAGAAUCCAACAGCUUAGAUUAGAAGGAAUAAAAUCAAAUAAAUUAUAGGACAGGUUUGGUCAAUAUAAUAAGGAAGCGGAAGUCCCUCUUCAAGCUAAUAGGGCUGCAAGGAAUCUUAGCUUGGAGGAGUUCUGUAUAUUAGUUAGCAGAGCUUAAUUAUUCCAUGAAAAGAUAAAUAUAUGGAGGAAUAUAUUGUAUAAGGAUGCUAGAUGUAGAUGAAAAUGUUGUUGUGUAUAACAAAAUAGUAUAGAAGAACAAGGGGUUCUUUAUCUGGAAAGUAGUAUCUCUUUAAUAA